UUCUGUGCCCCCUGGAGUCUCAGGAUGAGGACCAUCACAGGCAGUUUCACUGCCUCCCUCCAGCAGUGCGCUGGAAUCAGACUUUGGCGGAAUGUCAGCUGGCCUGGCUGGGAGCUACUCCUGGGUGGCAUGGCUGCCCUGCCCACCACCUUUGUCCACAGCGUCUCCUGUUUCCUGAGCAGCCUUUACUCCGUUGUUGCUCCAGGGGGUCAGGGCCUGCCACCACCUACAUUAUUGAUGACCCUGCUGCAAGGCAGGGAGCCCAGGGGUGUAGACUGAACUUGCACACCCUACUAGAACAGAACUAGUUGUCGGGAAUCACAGUCACCCUGAAGGGGUGUGGCGAAGCCCCUCUCCAUUGGAACAUCACCAUGGGCCGUAGAAAGGGCAAAGAAUCCAAGAGUUCACAGGGACCCAAGAGGCAUUCUGGGGAACAAGAAUCCGGUUCCAUCAGCACAGAAGGUGCUCCCAUCCGAGAACUACAGGGCCACGGUAAGGCUCAUAGUGCAGAGGGGUUGGCCUUGGAACCCGCCACCGAAGGGGGGUGCCAGGGAACCGCAGACGGUGGCAGGAAGCCCACUCCAGAAGGAACGGGUGCAGGGCCUGGGCCGGAGGUCCAGGAGGGAGGCGGCAGCGAUAGACGUCGAGGAAGCGCACACCCGGAGAGCAGCGGGCGGGCAGGGCAGCGCCCUCUCCGCCGCCGCCGGAGAGGGAAGGGGCGGGGGCCUGCGGCUCGGCGCAGCAGCCGGGAGACCCGCAGGGGCAAAGCCGAGGACACGUCGUCGGGCGGGGACGGGGACAGUUCCUGCCUGGAUAGUGAAGAGCGCGAGGCCCCGGAGAGUGCGGGUUCGCCGGGCCCCCAAGCCCCGCAGGAGUCAGCGCGCGCCCCCAGCCAAGGGCCCGGCAGCGACGAGCCCCCGGAAGGGUCAUCCGGGGCGGGGGCCCCAGGGGCCACCGAGGACGCCAGGACCGACACAGACUCGAGUGCUGAGCGGCCCGGGCCUGGAAGGGGCGCCCAGGCAGCCCCCGCCACGGCGAGCCGAGCUACCGAGGCCGAAGAGCCCGAGGCGGACACGAAGACCACGACCUCCGGCCCGCUCGACAGCAGCCGCGCGAGCUCCCCGCGAAGCCCUGCGGCUGCCCGCCAGGUGCAGGACCCGAGUGGUGGCGGGCCGCAGCCGGAGACCGAGCCGCCGCGCGGCCGCGAGCAGGACCAGGAGCGCCUGGCGCAGCUGGACGAGCAGGAGGAGGUGCCGGGCGCGGCGGGCGCCAGCGCGGCGGGGGCUGCACGGGCUCACGCGCCCCGGCUCCGAGCUCCGCUGGCCGCCCUCGAGGCGCUCCGCAGGCUCCGCGCCAGGCCCCCGGCCGGCCCCGCUCCCCAGCCCGCGGACGUCCGCGGCGGCGGCGGCCUCAAGGAGCGGGCAGUGCGCGUGGCGCGGGCCCUGGGCCUCUCGCGGUGGCUGCGGGGCGCCGGGCGGGGGGCGGGCGGGGGGCGGGGCCGCGGGCCGGCUGGGCGGCGCCCUGUAGCGCUGCGCCUGGCGGGCGUGGUGGGGCUGGGGGUCCGGGCGAGCGCGCCCCCUGGUGGCACCCUGAGCUCGCCUCAGGCCGCCGGGGGUCGGGGCCCCCACGACGCUUCUGAACAAGGCGGCCAGACUCCGGACCCCAAGUUCGUAGUGGAGCACCCCACGAGUCACUUGGCAGGGAAGGCGUCGAGCGGCCGGAGCUCAGAGGCCGCGGGGAGCUCGGCGGCCAGUGAGGGGCGCAGGGCGAGUGGAGACGGGGCCGCCGGGCCCCGCUGCGCGUCUCCCCCCGACGUGCGUCCUCUGGAGGAGCGCGGCCGCCGCAGCGAAGCGGAGCGGGAGGCCCCCGCGCACUGGGCGCAGGGCCUGGGCGCCCAAGAAGACCCCGGGCUUGGCACCGACGUUUUGCUGCCCCGACUCACCCUGGAGACGCGCCUGCGGCGGGAAGGGAGCUCGGGUCGCAGCGGCCCCGCAAGGGAGCGGUGGGAACCAGAGGAUGAGACGGAGGCGGCGCUGGAGAGGGACCUGGAGCUGGGCCUGGGGCUGCGCCUGCAGCCACCUGGCGGCCCCGGGGCCGCGGGGGGGAGCCUCUGGGUCAGCCUGGAAGACACGGAGGACCUGGCUCGGCUUCGACCCGUGUGUGACAGUUCCGUGCUCUUGUGCCUCAAGAAGAGAUUUCACCUGGGCCGAAUCUAUACCUUUGGGGGAUCCCUCCUGCUUGCUCUGAACCCCCUCCGGCCCCUGCCUCUCUUCUCACCCGAAGUUCAGGCCAGCUACCACCCCAGGAAGGCCCCCAAUACCAUCCCACACAUCUUUGCCAUUGCGGCAUCAGCCUAUAAUCUGACUCAGAGCACUGGGCAGGGGACGUGCAUUCUCCUUGGUGGACACAGUGGCUCAGGGAAGACAGAAGCUGCCAGAAAGAUUGUGCAGUUCCUAGGCAGCCUGGAGCAGGGGCAGGCACGGGUCCGAGGUUGUCAGCUGGGUGAUGUGCUGCCCAUGCUCCAAAGCUUUGGUCAUGCCGGAACAGCCCUCAAUGCCAACGCCAGCCGCUUUGGCCAGGUCCUGGACUUCUUCCUACAGCACGGGGUCAUCGUGGGAGCGUCUGUUUCACAUUAUCUGUUGGAGACCUCAAGGGUGGUGUUUCAGGCCCAAGCUGAAAGAAACUUCCAUGUCUUUUAUGAGCUGCUGGCAGGGCUGGACCCCAUGGACAGGGAGCGUCUUUCCCUGCAGGACCCAGAGACUUACUACUACCUCAACCAGGGCCACACCUGCCAGCUGCCGGGCAAGAAGGAUGCCCAAGACUUCCCAGAGCUGGUGAAGGCCCUACAGAUGCUGGGUUUGUGCCCUGAGGAGCUGAGCUCAAUCUGGGCUGUGCUGGCCGCCAUCCUGCAACUGGGCAACAUCUGCUUCUCCUCUUCUGAGCGGGAAUCCCGGGAGGUGGCCUCCGUGUCUAGCUGGGCUGAGAUCCACACAGCUGCCCAGCUGCUGCGCGUGCCUCCUGAGAGUCUGGAGGGUGUUAUAACCCGGCGGGUCACGGAGACACCCUAUGGCCGGGUUUUCAGAUCCUUGCCUGUGGAAAGUGCCAUCGAUGCCAGGGAUGCCCUGGCCAAGGCCCUGUAUUCGAGGCUCUUCGCCUGGCUUCUCAGGAGGACCAAUGAGCAGCUGGCGCCACCCAGGGAGGGAAGCAGCACAGACACUGUCACUGUCACGGAUGUCUAUGGCUUUGAGGCUCUGCAGGUGAACGGCCUGGAGCAGAUGUGCAGCAACCUGGCCAGCGAGCGCCUACAACUCUUCUCCUACCAGACUCUGCUGGCCCAAGAGGAGGAGCUAUGUCGGCAAGAGCUGUUGCCCUGGGCACCGAUCCUCCAGCCUCCAAGAGAGUCUUGCCUGGACCUCCUGGCCGACCAGCCACAGAGCCUCCUGCAGAUCCUGGAUGCUCAGACCUGGCGGGCCCAGGCCACUGACCACACCUUCCUCCAGAAGUGCCACUAUCACCAUGGCGAUCACCCGUGCUAUGUCAAGCCCCAGCUGCCCCUUCCUAUCUUUGCUGUGCGGCAUUAUGCGGGGACUGUCACCUACCAGGUUCACAAGUUUUUAAACAGAAACCGUGAUUAUCUUGACCCAGAGAUGGUGGAAAUGCUUGGCCAGAGCCAGCUGCAGCUGGUGGGCAUCCUUUUCCGGGAAGCGGAGCCCCAGGCUAGGGGAGAGCAAAGCAAACCCACGAUGGCCUCAUGUUUCCAGAAGUCCUUGGGGGACCUCAUAGCCCAGCUGGGCAGGAGCCAUGUGUAUUUCAUCCAGUGCCUCAACCCCAACCCUGGAAAGCUUCCAGGCCUCUUUGAUGUGACUCAUGUGGCAGCGCAGCUGCACCAGGCGGGUGUCCUGGAGGCGGUGUGUAACCGCAGUGCCAACUUCCCUGUACGCAUGCCCUUCCGGGCCUUCCUGACCAGAUUUCAAGUCCUGGGCACAGACGGGCAAGGAGACUCCUGUGAUCGGGAGAGAUGUGGCACUGUGCUGAGCCAAGUGCUGGGGACUGAGUCACCCCUCUGUCACCUUGGAACCACCCAGCCUCUGCUCCCAGGUUCUGCUGCAGGAGUCAGGCUGGCAGCAGCUGGAGCAGUGUUGGGCCCAGCGACGCACCCAGGCCCUCUUCACCCUGCGCCGCGGCCUCCGUGCCUGCAUCUCCCACCAGCGCCUCCGCCUCCUGCCUCGGCUGCAGGCGCGCGUGCGAGGGCUCCAGGCCAGCGUGGGCACUGCAGUGACUGGCACAGUGGCAAAACCUCCAAGAAAAUGCCAAGCAUGGAGCUGGGGCGACUGGAGAUCCCGGCGGAGCUGGCCGUGAUGCUGAAGACAGCAGAAGGCCAUCAGCUCACCCUGACUGAGAGCAUCACUGAGUCCAUGCCCCCAGAAGUGCCGGCACGGCCCAGCCUGACCCUCCCACCAGAUAUCGACCGUUUCCCCUUCUCCAGCUUCGUCUCCACCAGUUUUCAGGAGCCAUCUCUGCCCAGCCCCGGCCAGCCCCUGGCCAAACCCCUGACCCGGCUGGAUGGUGAGAACCCUCAGCGAGCCCUGGACAUCAACAAGGUGAUGCUGUGGCUUCUGGAGGAUGGGUCCCUACCACCCUGGCAGGAGCAGACGCUGGGCACGUACCUGGUGCGGCAAGGCCUGCGCCGGCCGGGCCUGCGGGACGAGCUCUUCAGCCAGCUGGUGGCCCAGCUCUGGCACAACUCAGAUGAGCAGCAGAGCCAGCGCGGCUGGGCCCUCAUGGCUGUCCUGCUCAGUGCCUUCCCCCCAAUGCCAGCCCUGCAGAAGCCACUGCUCAAAUUCGUGUCUGACCAGGCCCCCAAAGGCAUGGCGGCUCUGUGCCAGCACAAGCUGCUAGGAGCCCUGGAGCAGACACGGCUGGCCCCUGGGGCUGCACGGGAGCACCCCCCUACCCAGCUUGAGUGGAAGGCUGGAUGGCGGCGGGGUCGCAUGACACUGGAUGUCUCUACGUUCAGUGACGAGUGCUAUUCAACUGAGGUGGAGUCCUGGACCACUGGGGAGCAGCUGGCUGGCUGGAUCCUGCAGAGCAGAGGUCUGGAGUCGCCUCCCCGUGGCUGGUCUGUGUCACUGCACUCUGGGGACUCCUGGAAGGACUUGGCGGGCUGUGACUUUGUGCUGGACCUGAUUGGCCAAACUGAGGACCUGGGGGACCCAGUCUACUCCCACAGCUACCCCAUCGGCCCCCAGGGCUUAGCUGAUGACAUCCCCCCUGCCCCUGGUGUCCAGGCCCCCUCCCUGCCCCCGGGCCCCCCUCCAGGCCCAGCCCCAACACUGCCUGGCAGGAGCCACACAGGCACAUCCCAGACCUCAGGGAGUCUGGAUGGCUUCCUAGACCACCUCUUUGAGCCAGUCCUCUCCCCAGGCCUCAGUGAUCUGGAGCAAGGCCGGGCUCUUAGCAGUCGCAUGAAGGGUGGGGGCUCCAUUGGGCCCAUGCACCAAGGCGGCUACCCCAUGGUGUACCCGGGAAUGAUGCAGAUGCCAGGAUACCAGCCAGCCAUGAUGCCAGCACCCAUGCCCAUGAUGCCAGCUAUGAUGGUGCCCCCCCAGCCACCGCUGCCACAGCCCGUGCUUCCCAGUGUGGAUUCGAGGCAGCUGGCACGUGAGCAGCAGAACUUCAUCAACCAGCAGGCGAUGAUCCUGGCCCAUCAGAUGACUGUCCAGGCCAUGAACCUGUCCUUGGAACAGCAGAUGCGUCAGGAGAGAGGCAGUGGGCAGCACUCGCACCAGGCCUCACACCCAGCCCCUGCAGCUGCCUCUCCUGUGUCUGCUACCCCAGCCAGCGCCCCCAAGUCCAAGAAGCCCUCAGUUCCCCCGGAGGUGGAAUGGGAGGAGGAGGAGGAACCCGCACAGGAAAAAGCCCCUCACAGGUCUGAGUGGCCCAAGAGCUUCCAGGAGAAACGAGACUAUUUCCAGAACAUGGGGCAGCAGCAGAUCAAGGUGAAGAAGGUGAAACCUCCAGCCAAGGUGCAGAUCCCCCAGGGAGAGGAAGAAGAAGAGGAGGAAGAGGAGGAGGAGGAGCCCAGGGCAGUGUCACCAACUCCUCUCCCGGUAGCCAAGAAGCCACCCGCCUGCAAGCCACAAGGUGGGGUCAAAGCUGCACCAGAGGCUGAGGCUGAGCCGGCCAAAGCAUCAGGGCAAGGCAGUGAACGGGGGCAGCCCCAGGGCAGAGCUGUGGUGCGCAGCUCAGACCCCACACCCAAGAAGGAAAAGCCGAGAGAGCCCAGCAGAGAGAUCGGCAACAUCAUCCGCAUGUACCAGAGCCGCCCCGCCCCUGUGCCCAUGCCAGUGCAGCCUACCAGGAAGCCCACCAAAACUUUCCUGAAGAAAAAUGACCCUAAAGAUGAGGCUCUGGCUAAGCUGGGGAUCAAUGGGACCACCUCGCCCCCUUUGCCUCUGUCCCCCAACCCAGCAAAGGGCCCCCCACCAGCUGUGGCCCCUCGACCCAAGACCCCACGGCGACUCGGGGCCUCCAUCUCUAUCAAAGAGAAGCAGGGCCCCCUACAGCAGCUGUUUGGCCAGGCCCCGCCCACCACCCAGGCCCCCCCACCUCCACCAGCACCCCUGCUGCCUCCACCUGGGGACCCAGAGAUCCCUUCUGCUGAACCUCGAGGCUCAAAGGAGCCCAUGGAGGACCGGGGGAUCACCACCCAGCUGCUCGUGCCCUCAGGCAGUGUGUGUUUCUCCUAUGUCAGCCCACCCUGGAAGCUUUUCCUGCGCAAGGAGGUCUUCUACCCCCGGGAGCACUUCAGCCAUCCCUACUGCCUCACGCUUCUCUGUGAGCAGAUCCUCCGGGACACCUUCGCAGAUUCCUGCACCCGGAUAUCCCAGAAGGAAAGGCGUAGAAUGAAAGAACUGCUGGGAGACCUGGAGGUUGGCCUGGACUCUCUCCACAUGGCUGAGGACAGUGCCAAGAAACGUAUCGUGGUGGCUGCUCGGGACAACUGGGCCAAUUAUUUCUCCCGCAUCUUCCCUGUAUCGGGUGAGAGUGGCAGUGACGUGCAGCUGUUGGCCGUGUCCCACCGUGGGCUGAGACUGCUCAAGGUGACCCAAGGCCCCAGCUUCCACCCUGACCAGCUGAAGACUCUCUGCUCCUACAGUUUUGCCGAGGUGCUGAGUGUAACAUGUACGGGCCACUCAACCCUGGAGCUGUCGCUGAAGGGUGAGCAGCUGGUGCUGCACAGCAGCCGGGCAGGUGCCAUCAAGGCCAUGAUCGAGCUGUUCCUGAGUGAGCUCAAGAAGGACUCCGGCUAUGUGAUCGCCUUGCGAAGCUACAUCACAGAUGAUUGCAGCCUCCUCAGCUUCCACCGUGGGGAGCUCAUCAAGUUAUUGCCGGCGGCCACGGUGGACCCAGGCUGGCAGUUCGGCUCCACCGGAGGCCGCUCUGGACUCUUUCCUGCCGACAUAGUCCAGCCUGCCGCUGCUCCCGACUUCUCCUUCGCACCUGAGCAGAGACACAGCCAGCGCAAGAAUCGUGCAGAGCCAGGAUCAGCACAAGCGGUGGAGCACCCUGCCCACGUCCAAAGAAGCCAGGCUUACAGCAAUGACUCAGAGGCCACCAGCUUGCCUGCCUCUGGCAUCUACCUCUCACUGCCUGUGGAAUCCCAAGACUACAGCAUGCAGGAGUUUGCCCUCAAGUACUUCCGGAAGCCCCAGGCCUUGCUGGGCCAGGUGGGUGGAGGCACCGAGGGGAAGAGCACAGCUAGCCUUGUGCGCUACACUAAGGAACCCAUCCAGCAAUCGCUCAUCAGCUUCAGUGAUGAGGACGCCAACAAGAAGGCUGUGGAGAGCUUCCGAGCUCUGAUGCAGUUCAUGGGGGAUCAGUCUAAGCCCAGGGGCAAGGAUGAGCUGGAGCUCCUCUACCAGAUGCUGAAGCUGGGUCGAGAUGAGAACCUCAGGGAUGAGACCUACUGCCAGGUCAUCAAGCAAAUCACUGGAAACCCCCGGCCAGAACUCUGUGCUCGGGGCUGGAACUUCCUCAGCCUCUUCACUGGCUUCUUCCUCCCGUCAACCACACUGAUGCCCUACUUGACCAAGUUCCUGCAGGAGUCAGGCCUGAGCCAAGAGCUGGCCCGGAGUAGCCAGGAGCACCUGCAGCGCACAGUCAAGUAUGGCGGCCGCCAGCGGCUGCCCUCCCCAAAUGAACUACGCGCGUUCCUGAAAGGGCAAACAACCCGCCAACUGAUAAUCCACCUGCCCGGGGGUGUGGACUACAAGACCAGUAUUCAGACAUUCACGGUGGCAGCAGAAGCCCUGGAGGAGCUGUGUGGGAAGAUGGGGAUCACAGACCCGCAGGAAGUGCAGGAAUUUGCCCUCUUCCUCAUCAAGGGGGAAGGUAAGCUGGUGCGGCCCCUCCGGCCCCAUGAGUACCUCAACGACGUGCUGGUGGACCUGGAUCUGAGCGUGCACAGCCGGCGGCUCGGCUGGGAGACCCCGCUGCACUUCAGCAGCCCCACCUACGUCAGCACCCACUAUGGCCAGGUGCUGAGGGACUUCCUGCAGGGGAAGCUCCUGGUCAGUGCCCAGGCCGAUGCCCAGCUUGCCAGGCUGGCCGCCUUACAGCACCUCAGCAGGGCCCAAGAGGACACCCCUUCAGAGCGGGACGUGCUGGCUUACCUGCCGAAGCCGCUGCUUCAGCAGGUGCAUGUGGCUGCUCUCAAGAGCCUGGUGGUCCAGGAGCUGCGGCAGCUGCAAGGACACAGCCCCCAGAAAGCACAGAUCAGCUUCAUCGAGUCCGUGAGCCGGCUGCCCCUCUUUGGCUACACCGUGUACGUCGUGCUGCGGGUGAGCGGGAUGACCCUGCCCGGAUCCGGACUCCUGGGACUGAACCGUCAGCAUCUGGUCCUCAUGGACCCCAGCUCCCAGAAGCUGUGCUGCUCCAUCCCCCUGAGUGAUGUGAGGCGGCUCCACCUGUUGAGCCCACUGGAGGAAAAUGCGCCCCCAGGCCUGGAGCUCAACUAUGGCUCAGUGGACAACCCCCAGACCAUCUGGUUUGAGCUGCCCCAGGCCCAGGAGCUGAAGCACACUAUCUCCUUCCUGCUGGAGAGCAGCAGCGUUUCUGUUUAGUGAACCCCUUCACCCCAGAGGAGUGGGGGUGCGGCACAGGCCUAGAAGGGGCCCAAGGCUUGCCCAAGUGUUCUCCCUGAGUGCUACCAACCACUCUGGUUUGGACUUCACCGAGCAGCCGUUGUGGAGGCCCUGAGGCAGGGGCGGCUACAGCGACACCUAUCAGGAAAGUGGGCCCAGGUCCCUGGGAACUUGGCGCGGCCCGCUGAUGUUGCCCAGUCUGGGGGCAUGCCCUCACAGCCCCAGCUCAACAUCAACACAUGCUCAGCCCCUGGAGAGGCAGCUGCUGAGGAAUAAAACUCGAGAGAAGAGGGCUGUGUGUAUGUA